AUGAGUGACAGUGAUAGUUUCAGGGCCAAGGUCACGGAUUGUCCUUCUGAAGAUGAAAAGAAAGACGUCCCAAUUGUGUUUAAGUCGACUUCCAAGUCUAUCGGGGUAAGGAAAGCUGAAAUAAUGAUGGAGCAAUAUCAAAGUCCUGCCCUCAAGGUAUUUCUCUUUGUGUGUAUCUUCCUUGUAUCGUAUACAUACGGUAUUGAUGGGAAUCUCAGAUACACAUUUCAAGCAUAUGCCACUGCUUCGUACGGUCAACACUCUCUUAUAUCUACUGUUCGUGUUAUCCGCGCUGUAGUUGCGGCAGCUUCGCAGCCAACAUACGCUCGGUUAUCCGACAGAUUUGGAAGAAUUGAACUUUUUACCAUAUCAAUCAUUUUCUAUGCAUUAGGGACCGUCAUUGAGUCUCAAGCUUAUAAUGUCCAAAGAUAUGCUGGUGGUACUGUUAUGUAUCAACUUGGAUAUUCUGGUGUAUCUUUGAUGUUGCAGGUCAUCAUGGCUGAUUUCUCGAACUUGAAUUGGAGAAUGUUUUGUUCUUUUGUUCCUGUGUUACCAUUUAUCAUCAAUACUUGGGUUUCUGGUGAUGUGCUUGAUUCUUUGUAUCCAAAAUACCUGUGGAGUUUUUGCAUUGGAAUGUGGGCAUUCAUCUUUCCUUUGGCUUGUAUCCCAUUGCUCGGGUGUUUAUUCCACAUGUGGAUUCUUGCAAAAAGAACUGAAGAAUGGAAGAUUGUGCUUGAAGAUGAAAGGAAAGUACAUCCAACUAAAUGGGUUUCCUACAAGAAUAAUAUUCUAAUUGACUUGUUUUGGGAGAUCGAUGUGAUUGGUAUCUUGUUUAUUGUAUGUAUCUUUGGUUUCAUUUUAGUUCCAUUCACUCUUGCCUCGGGUGUCACCGAUAAGUGGAGGCAAGCCUCGACUAUUGCUCCACUUGUCAUUGGUUUCGUAUUCAUUCCCCCAUUCAUUGUAUGGGAAAAGAAGUACGCUCGUUUCCCAAUUACUCCAUUUGCCUUGCUCAAGGAUCGUGGUGUGUGGUCAGCUCUUCUUAUUGGAGUCUUCAUCAAUUGGGUCUGGUACAUGCCUAAUGAUUUCAUGUACACUGUAUUGAUGGUUGCCAUGAAUCAAUCCCAAAAGGCAGCUAUGAGAGUCACCUCUUUGUAUUCAUUUGUCUCUGUCAUUGUUGGCCCUCUCGUUGGUCUUCUCGUUGUAAGAGUAAGACGUACCAAAGGAUUCAUUAUCUUUGGUGUACUUUGCUGGGCAGUCUCCUUUGGUCUACUUGUCCAUUUCAGAGGUGACAAUGACGGCCUUCAAUCUGAAAAGUUUGUAAACGGUGUCAUUGGAUCACUUUGCUUUAUGGGUUUUGGUACUGGAUUCUUCACUUUCACCACUCAAGUUUCGAUUUCUGCUUGUACCAAUCAUGAACAUAUGGCUGUAAUUAUUUCGCUUUACUUAGCGUCUUACAAUAUUGGCUUGGCCAUUGGUGCAUCCGUCUCUGGUGCUGUUUGGACUAACCUUAUGUACAAGGAAAUUGUCAAGCAAAUGCAAAAGGCUGGAAUUGAUACAGCACUCGCAACAUUUGCCUAUGGCUCCCCAAUUGGUCUUGGAGGGUUUAUCGAAACUUACACUUGGGCAUCUCCGGAAAGAAUCCCGGUUGUUUUGGCAUAUGCUCAUGUUCAAAAGAUCUUGUGCAUAGUCGGGCUUGUAUUGGUGUUCCCAUUACUUCUAGCUACCUUCUUCUUGAGAGAUCAUAAGCUUGAAUCUGUUCAAAGUCUUGAAUUGGCCCACGAAGGUGGUAUCAAGGAGAAUAAUGGAGAGGUUGUAGUUAACGACUAUGACGAUGAUUUUGUCGUUAAAAAAUUCAAGUCUAUAUUUGGUAAACGUUAA